CACAGACUUGACAGCGCUGAGACCGAAUGGCAGCUUGUUAAGAUUAGUAGCUUGUGUUUAACGUUAGCAGUAACAGCAGCAGUGUGAGGUGUAGACGAGCUGGUUUACCGGAAGGUGAUAGAGAUGUUUUGUGGCUCAGCAAGUCGGCGGGGAUGUGUCCGACUUCUCCACUGCUGGUCACUCACAAUCGGUCCCAGGAGGACACUCGCUACCCCUCGCUGCCCUCUGCAUACUUCACGGUUCUUCUCCAUCUCUGCCCCCGCGAAGUCUUCAUCACAUGAUGAGGUAAACCAGCCUCUGAAGCAGUGGGAUCUGGUGGUGAGCCCCUACAGCACUGUGCGGGUACAGCUGGGCUGCAGUAUCUCCAUCCGCCCGCUGGACCCGCACGCCUUCCCCGAGGCUGACCGAGUCUUCAUCACAGUUCAUGGAACAGACACCGAGCAGGUGGUUGGUCUGGAUCACUUACAAGUCCACUAUGAUGACCAGAGCAAAGAGCUGCUCAUCGCAGCUGAGAAAGUUAACCGCAGCAUGUCGAUCGAUCUGACUGCACCUAUAAAAAGUAAUCUCCUCAUUACUACUCAGGGACAAGGCAACGUGCAAGUGAAGAACAUGGAGUGUGAUAUCUGCAAGGUGCAGACAGAGAAGGGCAACUGUUUGCUGCACUCUGUCAAGGCUCAUCAAGUUGAGGUCCAGUCCAAUGGAGGACAUGUUACAGGUGUGGGCACUAUCCAUGGCAAUGUGGACAUCAGCACAUGUGGAGACAGUGGAGUGGAUGUCAAGAAGCUUCAGGGCACCAAAAUGAAUAUUUCAACAGAACGUGGCCCUCUGAAAGUCAAAGCCAUCUAUGCUGAGUCCAGCUGUGUCUCCUCCUGCUCUGGGAGAGUAGAACUGGGACACGUACACGGUAACGCCACUGUGAAGAACGUGUCUGGAGAUACAGUUGUUGAUGGUUCGAAUAGUUUCCUGAAGGUUUCCUCUCACAGCGGAGGCAUUGAUGUCUAUGUGGGAGACGGCGGCAGUGCUGAACUCCACAGUCAGGAAGGAGCGGUUUGUGUGCGUGUCCCCUCCUCAUUGAAAGCUGGGGUGGAGCUCUGUGGUACGUCGGUGGAUAUCAGCCCAGAAGUUGUUCUGCAUGGAGUAGAAAACAACACAGCUGAAGGCCAAACCACAGUUACUGGCUAUAUAAAUGGAGAGUCCCCCAUGGACCAGUGGGUUAAAGCUCAAGCAGACAGAAACUCCGUCAGACUGAAGACACAAAGCUGGUUUGAGUCCCUGAAGCUGGGGAGCUGAGUUAUGAGCGGCAUCACUGUAGUGGAGCUUUAUACUGACUGAGCCAGAUAUUUAUUGCUGCUCCUCAAGACUGGAAGCACCUUUACCUCACUGAAGUAUUGGAAACUCAGUGCUCAGGAUAUACUGUACUUUCAAUAAAGACAUUAUGUAUAAUCUGUAAAAUAAAACGUAUAGUCUGUAUGUGUUUAAAAAAUAAAAAAAACUGGUCAUGCACUUUGGUCUUGAAAGCAUACUAUGCAACAGCACACCAGUGUUGGUUUGUGCUGAACUGUCUGAAUGUUUUUGAAUAAGAAACUGCUUGCUUGCUCAGAUUUUUUUGUGAUUUCUUGUGAUGUAAAAUAAUGCCACAAAUAAACAAUGCCACACCUUAUAAUACCUUCAGAAAAACUAAAUCCAAAUCGAAAGGAAAUUACAAAGUGUUCUGUAAACAAAAGAUAAAACAAGAUUUUAAUAUAAAGCUGUUUUUUUUUAAUUAAACAAAAAUAUUUUUAAAAAGGAAAAGACAAACACUUAUUGCACAGACAAGUGCAUAGACAAACCAAUGUUAAUCACAAAAUGUAGAAAUGUACAAUCAAUUUUAACUAACUGAAAUCUGACUGUUGAAACUGUGAGUGACACCUGAGAGUUCAAAUGUGUGCUUUGUACUUCCAUGUAUAUAGAAGUAUAACAUUUCUUAAAUAAAUAGACACCAAUGAUG